GCUGCUCCCUGUUCUGUCCCGCCCAGCCACCGUCGCUCAGGAACGGGUCCCUGCAGCCCCCAGCCGAUGGCAGGACAGUAGCCGCCUGUCAGGGGUCUUGAAAGACUGAGGCAGAGGCAGAGGCUCCCGGGCCUCAGACAGUGGUUGUCUCUGGAGGCCAUGGGCUACCCUGAGGUAGAGCGCAGGGAACCCCUGCCCGAGGCAGCGCCAAGGGAGCGGGGCAGCCAGGGCUGCGGCUGUCGCGGGGCCCCUGUUCGGGCGGGCGAAGGGAACAGCUGCCGGCUCUUCCUGGGUUUCUUUGGCCUCUCGCUGGCCCUCCACCUGCUGACGCUCUGCUGCUACCUAGAGUUGCGGUCCGAAUUGCGGCGGGAACGGGGAACAGAGUCCCGCCUUGGCGGCCCGGGUGCUCCUGGCACCUCUGGCACCCUAAGCAGCCCUGGUAGCCUCGACCCUGUCGGUCCCAUCACCCGCCACCUCGGGCAGCCGUCCUUCCAACAGCAGCCUUUGGAACUGGGAGAAGAUCCACUCCCCCCUGACUCCCAGGACCGGCACCAGAUGACCCUCCUGAAUUUCUUCUUUCCUGAUGAAAAGACAUAUUCUGAAGAAGAAAGUAGGCGUGUUCGCCGCAAUAAAAGAAGCAAAAGUGGUGAAGGACCAGAUGGUCCUGUUAAAAACAAGAAAAAAGGAAAGAAAGCAGGGCCACCUGGGCCCAAUGGCCCCCCGGGGCCUCCAGGACCUCCAGGACCUCAGGGACCCCCAGGGAUCCCAGGAAUUCCUGGGAUCCCAGGAACAACUGUUAUGGGACCACCUGGCCCUCCUGGCCCUCCUGGUCCUCAAGGACCCCCUGGCCUCCAAGGACCUUCUGGUGCUGCUGAUAAAACUGGAACUAGAGAAAACCAGCCAGCUGUGGUGCAUCUGCAGGGCCAAGGAUCAGCAAUUCAAGUCAAGAAUGAUCUUUCAGGUGGAGUGCUUAAUGACUGGUCUCGCAUCACUAUGAACCCCAAGGUGUUUAAGCUACAUCCCCGCAGUGGGGAGCUGGAGGUACUGGUGGACGGCACCUACUUCAUCUAUAGUCAGGUAGAAGUGUACUACAUCAACUUCACGGACUUUGCCAGCUACGAGGUGGUGGUGGAUGAGAAGCCCUUCCUGCAGUGCACCCGCAGCAUUGAGACAGGAAAGACCAACUACAACACUUGUUACACUGCAGGCGUGUGCCUCCUCAAGGCCAGGCAGAAAAUUGCCGUGAAGAUGGUACAUGCUGACAUCUCUAUCAAUAUGAGCAAGCACACCACCUUCUUCGGGGCCAUAAGGCUAGGCGAAGCCCCUGCAUCCUAGAUUCUUCCAUUCCAUCCUGGCCCAUGCCCCUGCCCCAGGUUUGGGAGCCAGGACUCCCAGAACCUCUAAGUGCUGCUGUGGAAUGAGGUAUAUUGGCGUUGCAACCACAGAGAGAAAUGCCCCAGUGCUAUUUAUUCCCCCAGUGACUCCAGGAUGACAAGGCCUACGGGAUUUCCCAGAAGCAGAACCAUCUUAGGCUCCCUGAUGACUGGUUUAUGAUGACUCCUCAACCCCUAGGUCCCUCAUCAGAUUUAUCAUUUGUUGCACUAAACUGAUGAUCCAUGAUAGUAGGCUACAAAAAGCAAAGCAGAUACUAGGGUUGACCAUCUGACUCCACUGGGGGGGGGGGGGCUGUAGCUUCUCUCUUGUCUGAGAGUGGCAUUAGGUUGCAACUUUAGGAGAGGGUCAGGUCAGAACAAGGCAAGUGCUUGUGGCAGAGACCUGAGCAAUAACCUGUCAAGCAAACAUCCUUGGCAGAGGAGGCAUUCUUGCUGCAUUGCACUAUGACCUACAAGAGGCUCAAAGAAACGUCCCACUCAGGCCAAGAGGUAUACUGUGGUAACUUUCUGGACUCUAAAGCCAGGAACUUUGCUCUGCCUUGGAAUAAUUGCAGGAAUGGCCACAACCCUGCCUAUGAAAGAACCUGAAACUAUACUUGGGGCCAUGCAUGUCUCACUUUGUUUACAGCUAGCUAUGCUCCACUCUCAGAAAACUAUCUGGAGUCUUCCUUGCCUGUCACCUUCCCCAGACUAACUAAAAAUUCAGUCUUCUUUCUCUGCAGUGCCUACCUCUGUCUGAGACAGGUGCUUCAUGGUUUGUUUGUUUUGUUUUGUUUUGUUUUAAUUUCCUGGCACAAAGAAUUUUCCAUUGAUUGGAUGAUACAAUUAUUACUCAUCUAAUUCCAAUCAAUUUUUGUCUGGGAACAGAUGACUAAACUGGAUAACCUCCAAAUCUCCUUAGAAUUUGAAUAUAGGUGGCACUCAACAGUUACCUGACACAGUGGAUUCUAGGCUUCCCAAACCCUAGACUCCCCUGGAUACCAUCAAAGCAGAGCUUUUCUACCUUUCCCAGAAAUGGGGAGAAAUAGGGAUAAAACAGGGAGUUUUGUUCAUGUUUGUUGUAACACAAGUGAUCGUUAGAUCAGGUCUUACCUGAAAGAACAGCAGCUGAUGGCCCGCUAGCUAGAUCUUUCUUCAGAAGCAUAUUAUUGCCACUAUAGAGGUCUGUGCUCCUCCCAUAGAGACAGGCUCAAGAGAAACCAGCUGUCUGACUAUUAGGCAGAAAUCUGGCCCCUAGUUCAGAUCCGAAGGCACCUCCACCAAUUUUCCUGCAUGGUCAUAUGCUAGGAUUAGUCAUCAACCUUCUUUCCAAUUGGCUGGCUUCAGGGUUCCACGCACAACCCAAAGCUGGGAGUAUCAAUCUUGUACAGUCUGUUCCUCUUGCUCCUGAAAUGUAUUUCCUUUUGAGAAUAUGGGAACUGCAUCGCUGAAAUUCAUCAAGAACAACAUUACUAAUUUCUAAACUGUACCUCCAUUUCCAUUGUUGGGUACUUCAGGGGUCAGGGUAAGAUGAAGUAGGCCAAUGACAGCCUUACCACAGAAAAGCAUGUGAAGUUUAGCCAUGAAUAUGACCCUGAAGGCCCUGAGCAAUCAGCAGUGGUAACAGGAACUUGGAAACCCUCUCCUUAGUAUUUGAAGGUUACUUCCUUUUUUUUAUUACUUCCUUUAAAGAAGAAGGGACAGAGGAUAGAUAUCACAGUUACCAUUGUAUAGGUAAGGCUGAGGGAGAUAAAGUGUUCUGACUAAGAUUUCACCCAGUAUAAGUCACAGACUCUAGCCUUUAGUGAUGCCUGACUCCCAAGCUGGUCUCUUACCACAGCACUGUGUAGAAUUUGAGGUCCAGAAAAAAAAAAUAAAAGUGAUAAUAUGGAACUGACAUCAUUGGGAGCCCUGGGAGAAACAUAGCAAUGCCUAAUUUUCAUUACUUGAUGGUACUUCCCGUUCUCUUGGCUGCCAGGGACUCUGUGGAAGAAGACUUGGGGGUUUUCUUAGGAAACAGCCCAGCGAUCAACCUUAUGAGUUCUUGUCUUGAGAAGAAUCUUCCAGUUGAGCUCUGGGCCUCACAAACCUGGCAGCCUUCAUGAUCUUUCACCCAUCUGAUAAAAGCAGCAGCAGCUAUCACACAAGGAGCUUCUAGGUAGGACACAGUCUUCCAUUCCCAAAACUCGACACUAGUUCUCUGAGCCCGCUGUAGUCAAGUGUGACUCCUUCUCUCCUUCCAUAUUACAAAGACCUUGAUGUUCCCAGAGCCUCUCAAGAAUGGAGGGGAAACCUUAGAGGACCAUUCUUAAGCCAUAUGGCUGUGGGGAGAUAAAGAGGUGUCCUAACUGUGCCUCUGCAGGACAUGGCACCCCAUUGUGCAUGUGCAUGCACAUGGAGAUUAUAGGAGAGUUGGGCUUCUCACAAGCCUUUGUUCAUUCUGAACUCUCACAAGGAGCCCUAGACGAAGAGAGCUGGACAGCGUGAAAUAGUAGAGAGCAGGGAGGCCUGUUUCUCUUGGCAAAGUGGUAAAGCAUUUACUGAUAGAAGUCUAGUGAUAGUUAUUUAGAGUUUGGAAUUGUUAUGAUGUGAAGUUAACCCAAGGUUAGGAUAGAGAAUGGGAUAAGGACAUGUUUGGAUAAACAGAUGACAGGUUUAAGGAAAAUUGUGUGGCAGGAGCUUCUACCAGCUGCUUGAACUUCAGAAGCCAAGUUGGCACAAUAGGCAGCUGCUGGAUGUUAUUUGGCUGCUGGUUCCCUGGAAGAUGAAGCAGGGGAGAUGUUGCCCCUUUAUCCAUCCUGUGCCACAGUUCCGUAGCUUAGUAAGAAAAGGUUAAGGACCAUAGCCUUGACUACAGGAAGCAGACUGGCUCCCUAAGAGACAAACAAGGGCUAUGGUCCUCAUGGGAAUGCUUGCUUCUAUGCAUCAUCUAGUGGAUGCAAACAGAUUUAGAGGCAUUGUGGAUCUAGAAAGGCUUUUAGAAGAAAUGCAGCCCAACCUACUCAUGUGAAACUGAUGUCCAAACAGGGAAAGUGGCCCUCCUAGGACAGUGAACAGGCCCCCACCUCCAGACCCAUCGGUAGAAAGGGGAAGAGCAGCCUGUCCCAUGGGGCCUCCUCUUUCAUAUACCCACAGACUCAAGGCUAGAAGUGCUCAUCUCCCUUUAUGAGCCUGGCCUGGCAGGGAGUGAAGCUAUUCCCCAAGACAUUGGCGCAGCUCCUGCCUCUGGGCUGGAAGGCCCUAGACUGGCUCUGCACAAGACAGUUUUGAGGCCUCCCUGGUUUUGCCUGAGGUCCCAUCCUUGCCUGGGGCCUCCCUGGGCCAUGUGCACCACACAGCCUAAUAUGUUUUCUUAACCCAUUUCAGGGCUCUCUCCAGGAGAGGGUGACAUGUGUCAUUUCCUUAUUCCAAAAGGGUCUAGCUGAGAUGGGGGUAAGAGGAGAAUGGCCUGGAGCAGGCCCAAUGCUGCUUUGGGGGAUCAGCAUCCUGUGUGAGAUAUUGUGUAUAUAAACUAUAUAUAAUGUAUAUAAACAGGGAUGUAAGUUUGUGUAAAUUAACGGUUGAUUCUUUGCAAAUAAAGUGCUCCCAUCCCCA